UUAAUUUAAUAUUUAUAAAAUUUUUUCGCUAAUAAUGAUUUACUGUCAUUUGUAUAAUUAAUAAAAAAGAUUUACAAAUUAUCAAAAUUAAUUAAGUUAAAAUUAAAGAAAAAUAAAUAACCAAUAAAUGGCUGAAUAAACUCAAAAAAUAGCUUUGCAACUUGCUUAGGCAUUAGCAAAUAUAACCGAUGGUGCACCAUUUGUUAUGUAAAAAGUAGAAAUUUAGUAAGAUAUUAAUGUUAUCUAGAAUAAGGGAUAGUAGGAUAUAAAUUCUUUGAUUAAGGAAUUAAGUGACAUUAAUAGGCUUUUAAAAGCUAACUCUGUUAAUAAAAAAAUACAGAAUGGAUUUACAAUUUGCAAAAGUAUAAUAUAACUUGAUUUCGAAAUUGGCUAAGAAGCACUUUAUGAGCAUAUAAAUUUAUUAGACAAUAAAGCAAAAGGCGAUUUGAUUGCUCUAAUUGUCGCAUAAAAGCAAAAAGAUUUAUCUGAAAAAUCAAUUGUCUACUUAUUGAAUAUAGUUUUAAAUGAAUUUAAUAGCCUUAGUUUUACUUCUGAUGAAAAAAGCUUAAAUAGCAAUUUCGUAAAUUAAAUAAUUGCUAAGGAAGAAAUAAAGGCCUCAUUUGGUUUAGCUACUGCUUUUAUUACUACCUCUAUAACUAAGAGCAAUUUAAUUAAAGAGCUUAGAAAAAACCCUAUAAAAGAAAUGGUUAAAUUUUUAGAAGUUAUUCUUAUUCUUUUAUAAAACGCCGCUAUAUUACCUGUUUAGGAAGAUAAAUAUGUUCCAUCAUUUGAGCAAUUGUGUGAAUGGGUAGAUGUUUUGAUCGAUGCUUACUAUUUAAACUUUUGCUUAAAGGAAAGUUGGAAAGAUUUAUUAGAAAAAAUAGAUGCUGAAAUAGAAUCAAGAUCCUUUUUAUACGAAUAAAGCAAAUAAUUUGCCGAAAGUAUUAGCACAUACUAAAAAUGCUACGAUAAUAUAUAAAAAUCUAUUAAUAAAGUAGAAUCUCAAUUUUAUGUCAAAUCUAUUUAUCUAUGAUUUAGUUAAUUAAUAAGUUUAUUUAUGUUGCAUAUAAAAAAAAUCUUAACUACUUAGCAUAAUCUAUCACAAAUUAAAAUUUAUU